GUAUUCCCCGCUCUAUUCUAUAUUUAUUCGAGACGUUUGUUGAUCUCGAUGACGUUUGCCGUAUCCUAAUAUUUUAGUGAUAACAAGGUAAUGUUUCGAUUUGCUCAGGUGGGUCUCCUGAUGCUGUUGUCGCAAUGGCUGAGUUAUUGUCCGGCGGCCGUGAGCGCUUUCCUCAACAUUCCCGGCGGAGUCGGCUACCUCGUCAACCAGACUUGCUCGAACGAGCACGACGAAAACGAAUACCUGCUGCAAGGAUUGUCGGCGUUCCUCCUCGCCAUCUGCAUACAUUUCAACGAUGAUUCCGUAGAAAAUUAUUCCAAAGACUCUCUCAAGCAGCUGCUCGUCAAGAGGAUAGGCAUGGAGACUUUUAUGGCUAAACUGAGCGAAGUGACGAAACACGAGUCGUACAACAGGGCCGCGAAGCACCCUCAGCUGAGAGUGAAGUCUCCCUCCGAAAUGUUGAUCGAUUAUGAAUUCUGUAGGCUCUUCAAAUCUUUAGAGAACGUGUUGACGGAGAGUUUGAGUGUGAAACAAGAGAACGGCGUGAGUGGGCGCGGCGACGACGCGCUGCAGCAGUACAAGAGCCUCAUCCGGCAGCAGGACGCGCGCCUGCACGAGCUGGCGGCGCAGCUGGACGCGCUGCUGCAGCAGAACCAGCGCUUGCAGAGCACUCUGAACGACUCCUUAGCGUCAAACUCGCAUUUGAAAGACGAGAACACGUUGCUGAAAGCGCAAUUGUCCGCUGUCGACUCGCUGCCGAAUCAGAGUCAAACUCCGAGAGAAGACGCCAGAUUUAAUGAGUACGAGGCCAAGGUGAGGGAGUACGAAGUCAGAGUAAAGGAGUCCGAACUCAGGGUAAAGGAGACUGAGGCGAAAGUGAAGGAGUCCGAGACCAGAAUACAAGAACUCACCGGUCAAGUGAGCAAGUUGAGUCAGGAGCUGACCGCGUCACGGGAGGAGCACAGAAUGGUUACGGAGGAAUUGGACAGACUGAAGAAAGACCAGGACGAUCUGUUGGAGUUGCUCGCUGAUCAGGAGGUGAAACUGAAUGAAUACAAGAUGACGUUGAUGUCGCUCGGUCAUACCGUGGAAGACCCCCCCUCCGACCAGAACCUGACGUAAUGCAACACACUGUCGGAGGUACUGUGCCUGUUAAAACCUACUGUUUGACGGUCAGACGUCAUAUUUGUUGAUUUAUAUUAGAAGGUUGUUUGUUCUCAAUCAACUUGUAAAGAAAAAUUUAGACCUUUUUCCAAAAAGUAACUUUUGUAAUUUAUUAAUAUUAUAUUAAAAUUUAUAAAAUCUGAGCGGAAAAAUGUUUUAAACUUUAAAAUAAUUCAAAUUUGUUUAAAAAGAUCACCGAUUUAGAAAAUCCAUAUAACCAUUUACUAUAUGACAACAUAUUAUCAAUACCUCAGAUGUACUGUCUAUAAUUCCCUAAUAAUAUUACAAAUAAAUAUAAAUGUAUUAAUCAAGUAUGGUUGCAAUUUUUAAGACAUCUGGAGUUUUUUUUUUUAAACUCAUAUUACUUUUAGUUAAUUAUGCAAAAGAUUGUAUUUUUUUUUGUUAUAUUUACAAAAAAAAUAAUGAAAAAUAUAUGAGAAGUGGUUUGCCUUAACUAUUAGUAGAGUACCAAUCAUCCAGCCUAGCAUCACUAGUCGCAGGCAA